CCAAACUAAUUUUUUUAGAUCUCGUGGGAGUCUCUCAUUGGUGAAAAACCCCAGAAAAUUCCUACACCACCAUCUUCUUCAGUUCGACGGAGAAUUUAUUCUCAGAAGCAUUUCAUCAAACAUAAGAAAUGCAAAACCAAACACAACAGGAAAUAGGAAAUACAGGAGAAGAGAAUGAACAAGAGCGAGCCAGAUGUGAAUGGGAUUUCGAACUCUCCGCCGCCGUAUCUUCAAGCACUACCGGAGCCGUCCCCGACGUGCUUGGUGUGAUCGAAGUCGACCCGUCAGAUAGCAUCGUCGCCACCGGCGGAAUCGCGAGAAAGAUUAGAAUUUACAGUGUAAACUCUUUGUUAGCUAGUCAAAGUAGCGAAGAGACUCUUCUGUUAGACCAUGCCACCGCAUGCGACUACUACAUAUGUACACCAGCCAAACUCAGUAGCCUCCGGUGGAGGCCCGGGUCGGGCGGACGAGUCAUAGGAUCCGGAGACUACGACGGCGUGGUCACGGAGUACGAUCUUGAGCGAAGAGCACCCAUUUUUGAACGCGACGAGCAUGGCGGGCGCCGGGUUUGGAGCGUGGACUAUUCUCAUUGUGAACCCGUCGUUGGUGCUUCCGGGUCGGACGACGGAACCAUGCAACUCUGGGACCCACGUUGCGACGGUGGAAAUUGGGUGGCUACGGUGCAGCCUAGCCUGUCACGUAGUCCCGUGUGUUGCGUUGAGUUUAAUCCAUUUGGCGGGGCAUUGAUAGCGGUCGGAUGCGCAGACAAGCGCGCAUACGGAUACGAUUUCAGGAUGAUAAGGGAGCCGCUUAUAAUAUUCGACGGGCACCUGAAAACGGUGUCGUAUGUUCGAUUCCUUGAUAUGAAUACAAUGAUUUCUGCCGGAACCGACGGUUGUUUAAAGCUAUGGGAUUUACAUGAUUCUCAGGUGAUUCGCACUUAUAGAGGGCACGUGAACAACCGGAGAUUCGUGGGGUUAUCCGUAUGGAAAAAUGGUGGGCUAAUCGGAUGUGGGUCUGAAAGUAAUCAAGUGUAUGUGUAUGACAAGAGAUGGGGUUCGCCCAUAUGGGUUCAUGGGCUCGAGCCACUCGCACCAGUAAUGUCUCGAACUGGGUUUGAUGAAGGUGGGUGGGUUAGUAGUGUGUGCUGGAGACAAGUUGGUGAGAACCAGUGUACACUUAUUGCAGGUAGAUCAGAUGGGCUUUUGCAGGUUUUUAUGGGCAAAAGGAAGAAGUCAUCUGCUUCUGAUACAAAUACAGUAAUUCGGUUGUAAACUAACAACGUUCUUUUUUGAUGAAUCAUCAGUCAUGAAUGUAACAACAAUGAUUUGAGUCAUUUGACCAUAUUGAUUGGACAGCUUGAUAAACUCGGUUGUCUUAAUUUCAUUCACUCGUUUCGAGGACAGUUUUCUGUGCAUGCAUUAAAGAAGGUCCAUUCCA